AUGGAUACUGAUUGGUGUAUCAUGUGUGAUUCUCAUUGUAACAUUCCCGGAACUAUCUAUUGUUCAGAAGAAUGUAAACUUCAAGACCGUAUGGAAAAUGCAUAUUUUCCUCCUCCUCUGUCAUCGGCUAGUAGUAGUGGUAUUAGUAUUGUAGAUGGUGAUGUUAGUGGUAUCGGUGGUUUUGAUUAUGGUAUUGGUAUCGAUGGAAUCGGUGGUUGUUUCGGUGGUAUUGAAAAUUUAAAACAUAAACAAAUUUUACCUCCUUUGGAAACAACAACAAAGUCAAAAUCAACAACUUCCAAAGUUCAAUUACCACCUCCGCAACAACAGCAACCUACAUUAUUUUAUCAUCGCGCUCCUCUGCCUCGUUAUAAGACAGGAACUACAAAUAAUUGUUCCAGUAAUAGAAAUUUACGUGGUGUUGGGCGUUCUUCGAAAUCUUUAUACUAG